AUGAAGCUCUUUGAUGUGUUCCUCCCUCCGACAAUCGUUGUCCUGGCUAUGGCCGACUCUGUCGCUGAUGUCGGUAUCGGUUUCCGCGGCUAUAUUGAGAGAAACACCAGCUUCGAAAUGGAGAAGGAGAGUGGCCGUAGAGGCAUGAUAUACUUUCCGAGGACCUGUACUGUGAAGCGGGAUGAUUGA